ACGGCACCCUGCGCGUCUCGGUCACGGGGGAGGAGCCGCCAUCUCGGCGAAGCUGAGGGAGGGUCACGAACUCUGACCCGCCGGGAACCGGGAGCGGAGGAUAACGGAUGGUCCAGCACCGGGAGCCGGGCACACGCACCCCGGAGGCCCAGCGAGCCCAGAUCUAACUUAGCCUAAAACUGGAUUUCACAAAACAUUCUCAAAAGGUUGCUCUGUAGAAAACAGUCAUGGCUUCUAUAGAAGAAUUAGCCCAUCAGAUCAUUGAGCAGCAAAUGGGACAGAUUUCUCGCUCUCAGGGAGAAGUUACACACACUGCAUUACUGGAUGGAAACACACAGAGAAUACAACUUGUUCCAUCGGAAUCUAGUGUUUCCAUACCACAACGCAUACAGUUUGUCACAGAUCAACAAACAGGUCAGAAGAUUCAGAUUGUAACUGCCCUUGAUCAGAGUGGAGCAAGCAAGCAGUAUAUUGUGACCAAUAAUGACAGCUCUUCAGGCAAAGUAAUCUUGGCAAGACAAGACUCUAGCCAGGGGAAAGUUUAUCUAUCCACUCCUGACGCAGCAGGCGUCAACCAACUGUUCUUCUCAAGCCCCGAUGUUUCUGCUCAGCACAUUCAGAUACUCUCAGAUUCCCAGUGCUUGGAUCAAACUUUAAACAAACCUGUUGUGGAUCUUUGUGUUGUGUGUGGUGACAAAGCUUCAGGUCGCCAUUAUGGAGCAGUGACAUGUGAAGGUUGCAAAGGUUUUUUUAAAAGAAGCAUAAGGAAAAACUUGGUGUACACGUGUAGGGGAGUGAAGGACUGCAUCAUUAACAAACAUUACCGUAACAGAUGUCAGUACUGCCGGCUGCAGCGUUGUAUUGCGCUGGGAAUGAAGCAAGAUUCUGUUCAGUGUGAGCGAAAACCUAUUGAAGUCUCUCGAGAAAAAUCCUCGAAUUGUGCUGCAUCCACUGAGAAAAUAUAUAUUCGAAAAGACCUGCGGAGUCCCCUUGCUGCAACCACAACGUUUGUGACAGAGAACAAACCCGUAAGGGCUGCAAAUUUAAUGGACUCUGGAAUGCUAGUUAAUAUUCAGCAAUCUGGGAUUAAAAGUGAAUCCAUGCUCAUUACGCCUAAUAAGGUGGAAACUUGUCAGGGAGAUUUAAGCACUUUGGCCAACGUUGUCACUUCACUUGCAAAUCUGAGUAAGUCCAAGGACUUAUCUCACACUAGCACAGAGCUGUCCAUAAUAGAAAGCCUGAGUAAUGGGGACGCAACACUUUCUGAGCUUCCACAAGAUGACCAGACCUGCAGUGAAGUCACUAGGGCUUUUGACACAUUGGCAAAAGCACUGAACCCUUCUGAAUCCUCUGCUGGCAGCUCCUCCGAAAGCAUGGAAUCCAACCCGGCACUCUUCCAAGAUAUUGGUGUUGUUGAGAUUGAAGGCCCCCUGCUUAGUGAUUCCCACAUAGCGUUUAGGCUCACAAUGCCUACUCCUAUGCCAGAGUACCUGAAUGUACACUAUAUAUGUGAGUCUGCAUCACGGUUAUUGUUCCUUUCUAUGCACUGGGCCCGAUCCAUUCCUUCCUUUCAAGCCCUUGGGCAAGAGAACACAAUCAGUCUAGUGAAAGCAUGCUGGAAUGAACUGUUCUCACUCGGCCUCGCUCAGUGCUCCCAAGUGAUGAAUGUGGCGACUAUAUUAACAGCAUUUGUAAAUCAUCUCCACACGAGCAUGCAGCAAGAUAAAUUGUCAACAGAGAAGGUAAAAUUAGUAAUGGAUCACAUCUUCAAAUUGCAAGAGUUUUGCAACAGCAUGGCCAGACUCUCCCCAGAUGGAUAUGAAUAUGCCUACCUUAAAGCUAUUGUGCUUUUCAGUCCAGAUCAUCCUGGACUGGAAAAUGUCUCUCACAUUGAAAAACUGCAAGAGCGAGCCUACAUGGAAUUUCAGGAUUAUGUAACAAAAACCUAUCCAGAUGACACAUACAGGUUAUCGCGACUCCUACUCCGAUUGCCAGCUCUGAGACUAAUGAGUGCCGCCAUUACAGAAGAGUUGUUUUUCGCAGGUCUGAUUGGCAAUGUGCAGAUCGAUAGUAUAAUCCCUUACAUUCUGCGCAUGGAAACAUCGGACUAUAACACUCAAGUCAUCGGUCUAUCUGUGUAGCAUUCCGUGAAAAUGCUACAGACACAAAUGCAUUUGGAGUGUGACUCCAUCUCUUUGUGUCAAGAAUGGGAAACAAAAAAUUAAAGUCGUGAAUAUGCAUUUCAGUUCUAAAUCCCGGCCUUGAAUAAUGUGUACCUUCUUUGUUUUGGUAUGAGUUGGCUUGGUGGAAUAUUGUGCCUUUCGGCAUGGUGUAUAUAUUCAUAUAGAUAUAAAGAAAAGGAUUUCUAUAUUUUUCAUUUGUUUGGUAUGUCUAAGAUUCAUACAGCAGUGAUUUUAUUCCUAUUGAAGAUGAGUAUUAUGUCAUGAAACAGUGCAAUUUGUCAAGGGAAGACAUGAAGAUUGGAUUAAGAGACAACUGUCACACGGUUACGGAACAAUGAUUCUGCAACAAAGACAUAUUUUAUAGAGACAUUUGGACAUUGUGGAUACAAACCUUUUUAAUAUAAUUGAAAAUGUAAUAAAGCAUUCUAUAAGAAUGGUCAUAUUAA